CCAGGGGGCGGGGCCGGGCCCCUGCUGGGAGGUGGAGACCAGGCGGGAACUGUUGCCCGGCGACGCUCCGGCGCUGGGUCCCCGAGGCCCUGCCCCUCCCCGGGAGGAGGUGGGCUUCGAGUCACGUGACCCGUGCCCUACGGGAGGGGGUGCGGUCGGGGACCCGGCAGGAGGCGGCCGAGAAGAGAGGACCGUGGGGGCGUUCGCGUGGCUCCCAGCCCGGGACCCCACCCCCGCUGGACAGUGGGGGAAACUGAGGCCUGAGCGGGCUGGAGCGCAAUGGCAAAUCUCGGCACACUACAACUUCUGCCUCCCAGGUUCAAGCGAUUCUCCUGCCUCAGCCUCCCAAGUAUCUGGAUUACAGGCAUGUGUGUGCCUCAGCCCCCUGAGUAGCUGGGAUUACAGGCGCCUGCCACCGCGCCCGGCUAAUUUUUGUAUUUUUAAUAGAGAUGGGGUUUCACCAUGUUGGCCAGGCUGGUCUCGAACUCCUGAUCUCAAGUGAUUUGCCCGCCUCAGCCUCCCAAAGUGCUGGGAUUCCAGGCAUGAGCCACCACAUCCAGCUGAAGGAGGUCACUUUUGCACUGAGACUUGAAAGAAGUGAGAGAGCAAGCCAUUGGGUUAUAUCCGGGAACAGCAUUCUAGGCAGUAGGAACAGCCCAUGAGAAGGCCCUGAGGCAAGAUAGUGACUGGCUGGUUUCAAGGAACAGUGAAGGGUCUGUUUUAGUGGAGCGGAGUGAGCAAGGAGGACAGGUCCACACAGGGCGUUUGUAGCCACCAAGGAGUCUGGUUUUUAUUCUAACUGGAACAGGAAGGAUUUUCAGUCCAGGAGAGGCAAGGUGUGCGGAUGGAGAGGGCUGAGAAGGGUGGAGGGGGAGGGUGCAGGUGCGGUGGUUCAUGGAGCCACUGUGGUGGCCUGGACAGGUGGUGGCUGUGGAGGUGGAUAGGAAGGCGUGGAUCCAAGGCGGUGGCAUCACCAAACACCCACCAAACAUGGGUGGCUGUGGGCCAGGCCUGUGCCGGCCACCUCUGUCCCCUGUCCCUCUGCAGGCCCACAGAGGACCAUGAAGGUGCUUCUCCUCACAGGGCUGGGGGCCCUGUUCUUCGCCUAUUAUUGGGAUGACAACUUCGACCCAGCCAGCCUCCAGGGAGCGCGAGUGCUGCUGACAGGGGCCAACGCUGGUGUUGGUGAGGAGCUGGCCUAUCACUACGCGCGUCUGGGCUCCCACCUGGUGCUCACUGCCCACACUGAGGCUCUCCUGCAGAAGGUGGUAGGGAACUGCCGGAAGCUGGGCGCCCCCAAGGUCUUCUACAUCGCGGCGGACAUGGCCUCCCCUGAGGCGCCCGAGAGCGUGGUGCAGUUUGCGCUGGACAAGCUGGGCGGGCUGGACUACCUCGUGCUGAACCACAUCGGCGGCGCCCCGGCCGGCACGCGAGCCCGCAGCCGCCAGGCAACUCGCUGGCUCAUGCAGGUAAACUUUGUGAGCUACGUGCAACUGACGUCGCGGGCGCUGCCCAGCCUGACGGACAGCAAGGGCUCCCUGGUGGUGGUGUCCUCGCUGCUCGGUGCGUGCACCCGGCCCCGGCUCUGCGGGACGGGGAGUGGGGAGCUCGAUGCGGGCCGCGUGCCCACGUCGUUCUCCACUCCCUACUCGGCGGCCAAGUUUGCGCUGGACGGCUUCUUCGGCUCCCUGCGGCGGGAGCUGGACGUGCAGGACGUGAACGUGGCCAUCACCAUGUGCGUCCUGGGCCUCCGAGAUCGCGCCUCCGCCGCCGAGGCAGUCAGGGGAGUCACGAGGGUCCAGGCGGCCCCGGGGCCCAAGGCAGCCCUGGCCGUGAUCCGCGGCGGCGCCACGCGCGCGGCCGGCGUCUUCUACCCGUGGCGUUUCCGCCUGCUGUGCUUGCUCCGGCGCUGGCUGCCGCGCCCGCGGGCCUGGUUUAUCCGCCAGGAGCUCAACGUCACGGCCGCGGCUGCAGCCUGAGCACCGGGGGUUGCCCCUCCAGUCCCAGACGGCAAUGUUCCUCCCUCCAACUGUCCCUGGAGCCAGAACACUCACAGAGACACCCCUGAGAGGGUGGCCACAGCCCAAGAUGAAGUCAUCAAGACAGAAAAGCAAAACCGAGAAAAACGACGGGCACCUGGAACCAGUCACGGCUUGGGAGGUGCAGGUGCCCCGUGUUAGGCGCCUUUGUCGGGGACUUGCAAGGCCUCACCUGUUUGGCCAUGAUUGAUGACGUGACUGCUUCCAUUUUGCAGAUGAGUAAACUAAGGCUGAGAGAGGCCACGCCACCCUUGAGCCACCCAUGGACCCCUCUCCAUCUCCUGCCUGCGCCUCUAAGUCCCUGAUUUAAUUCUUUCCAUUCAUUCCAUCUGGGAGGAACCCCCCUCCCCAACUCCUGCCAGCUUCCCCUAGCUGGGGUCUCUGGUACUCUUCACACCUGCAGGGGCGUCUACACUGUUCGUCUACCUGGUGGCAGGGUCUGAGCGGGAGGAGGAGGGAAAGAGUGUGUUCUGAGCUGGACCCAGCCUCUUGUUCGAGAAUAAAAACUCUUCUUCUCUUGCA